AUGAAUAAGGUUGGUAAUGGUCGACCAUCGCGCACUGUAUACUUGGGUUCUAUUCCUUAUGAUCAGACUGAACAACAAAUCCUUGAUCUUUGCAGUAAUGUAGGGCCUGUCACAGGGUUAAAAAUGAUGUUUGAUCCUCAGACUGGGAAGUCCAAAGGGUAUGCUUUUAUUGAAUUUAAAGACUUGGCAACUAGUUUUUCGGCCGUACGUAACCUUAAUGGUUAUUCACUUGGAAAUAGGACGUUAAAAUGUGGGUAUACGACAGGUGGUGGUAUUUCAGAAAAAUACUCAUUGAGUAACCGAGGUGAAUUAGUUCAAUCAAGUAGUGGUGGAGUAGCCCUACAACAGGAAGAGCUAAUGUACCCGGAUCUUCCAGAAGGUCUAGAUGUUAACAUAAAUAUGACUACUCCAGCAAUGACAAUUUCUAGUGAAUUAGCAAAGCUGUCCAAGAGUGAGCAAUUUAACUUGCUCGAGAAAUUACAAGGCAUGUCACGAAAUCAUAGGGAGGCUUUCGUAUCGUUGCUUAAACAAUGUCCCCAGUUAAGCUUUGUAGUUGCAGAACUGUUGUUGACCAACGGCAUCAGCCAGAUAGAUGAAUUAACUCAACUUGCUGUUGACCAAGUGACUACGUCUUCUUCAAAAGAUACUACUCCUAAUACAUUGGAUGAUGAUCCUCAAAGGUUAGAGCUUUUAAAGCAAGUCUUACAGCUCACCGAUGCCGAAAUUGCAACAUUGCCGGAAGACGAAAAAAUGUCGCUAUGGGAUCUAAAACAAAGAGCAAUGAAAGGAGAGUUUGGUGCAUUGUGA